UUGACAAAUCACAUCUUUAAAGAAACGCAUAGUGCUUGCUAACAUGAGGUGAUUUUUUUGUUGUGGAAGCUGAUUUAGCCUUAUUUAAAGUUACUGUUUGAAAAAUUACCCAAACAUUUUAAAAAGCUUGGCUGUUUUUGGAAAUUUUGAUAGCUUGCAGUGGUGUUACUGCCCUAGAUUGAUAAUACCAAUGGAUAAGUUCAUGGAGGUAGGAGACAUUGGGUGGGUGUUUGUACUCAUGAACUGCUACUUGAAUACAAACAAACUGAAUGCUAACAAUAUCUAUUGUUUCCAUCAAUGUAGAUGACAGUGAAGUUCCCCGUGUAAAAACCGUUUACUGUACCGCUGCAUUUGCACUCCUUCUGCAAGGGAAGUCAGCUGUGUUCAUGCCUAGACUACUUGAAUAGCAGAUCAACCAGUCACUCGAUGGGGAUUAACAGCGGACUGUCCUUUUGUGUCACCAUCCCACCUCUCUAUAGCAAGAAAAAUAACUUCAGUACCUCUUCAGUCAUAAUGAUGAAACUGGUAUUAACUGAAUGGCAAUUAUGGAUUUUUAACUCUAAUUCACAGUAAACCAGCAAGCCAUAUGUUUAAAAUCCAACCAAAAAUCAUUUUGUUUUGCUGCACGCCUCCUACGCCUGAAAAGUUGGAAAUACCUGUUUGUACAAAGAGGAAUAUAAGUAUUACCUGCCUGAGGAACACAACCGAAGCAGGAAGAGAAGACGUCUUAAUUUAUCAGUAAAGAUAUAUGAUAGUAUUAUUUAUAUAGAUAGAAUAAAUAUAUAUACAUAUAUAUAUAUUUUUGGUGGUAAUGAAAAUGGCUCCGCAGAAUGCUGACCCAGAAUCUAUGCAAGUUCAAGAGUUACCUGUGUCCGCCCCCCAGAAGCGCGAGGGCAAGGAGGCUGAGAACCACGACGAGACCAUUAGCGAGGGGUCCAUCGACCGGAUCCCCGUGCGCCUGUGGGUGAUGCACGGGGCAGUGAUGUUUGGCAGGGAGUUCUGUUAUGCCAUGGAGACGGCCUUGGUCACACCAAUCCUGUUGCAAAUCGGCCUUCCGGAGCAGUACUACAGCCUCACCUGGUUCCUGAGCCCCAUCCUCGGCCUCAUCUUUACACCCCUCAUUGGCUCCGCCAGUGACCGCUGCACCCUGAGCUGGGGCCGCCGGCGGCCUUUCAUCCUGGCCCUCUGCAUCGGCGUCCUCUUUGGUGUCGCGCUUUUCCUCAACGGCUCGGCCAUAGGUCUGUCCCUUGGCGAUGUCCCCAACCGGCAGCCCAUUGGCAUCGUCCUCACAGUGCUGGGGGUGGUGGUCCUGGAUUUCAGCGCUGAUGCCACAGAAGGGCCCAUCCGCGCCUACCUGCUGGACGUGGUGGACAGCGAGGAGCAGGAUAUGGCCCUCAACAUCCACGCCUUCUCUGCUGGUCUUGGAGGUGCCGUUGGCUAUGUGCUGGGCGGCCUAGACUGGACGCAGACCUUCCUGGGCACCUGGUUCCGCACACAGAACCAGGUGCUAUUCUUCUUUGCGGCUGUCGUGUUCACGGUGUCGGUGGCUCUCCACCUCUUCAGCAUCGAAGAGGAGCAGUACAGCCCUCAGCAGGAGCGCGGCACCGAUGAGAUGGAGGCCCUGCCACCCCGCGUCAGCACCUUGGAUGGUGGUGGGCAGUACAGCACGGCGCUGUUCCCGGAUGAGGUGCAGUCGGAGCACGAGCUGCCCCUGGACUACCUGGACGUGGACAUUGUGCGGAGCAAGAGCGACUCGGUGCUGCACGUGCCGGACGCGGCGCUGGACGUGGAAUCCGAGCUCUUCCUGCACGAUAUCGAGCCCUCCAUCUUCCAUGACACCUCCUACCCCAACACGCCCCACACCAGCCAGGAGCUCAUCAAGACCCGGCUGCCCCGCCUGCCCAGCUUCCUCAGGGACAGCGCCCAGGAGGACGCCACGCUGCUCAACCAGCAGGUGGACGAGACCAAGGUCCCCAACGGCAGUGGCUCCCCGCCGAGGGAUGGCCUCGGUGGCUACACCCAUGUUGACCUUAAGCCUUCGGCCGCGUUGGGCGCCAUGCGGCGGCGGCGACACAUGUUCCGCCGGCAAGUCUCCAGCACUUUCUCCUACUACGGCAAGGUCGGCUCCCACCGCUACCGCUUCCGGCGCGCCAACGCGGUGGUGCUCAUCAAGCCCUCCCGCAGCAUGAACGACCUGUACGAUCUGCAGAAGCGGCAGCGGCAGCGGAGCCGGCACCGCAAUCAGAGCGGUGCCACCACAUCCAGUGGGGACACGGAGAGCGAGGAGGGUGAGGGCGAGACAACGGUGCGCCUGCUCUGGCUGUCCAUGCUGAAGAUGCCGCCGGAGCUGAUGCGCCUCUGCCUCUGCCACCUGCUCACCUGGUUCUCUGUCAUCGCCGAGGCAGUCUUCUACACCGACUUCAUGGGCCAGGUCAUCUUCGAGGGCGACCCCAAGGCGCCCUCGAACUCGACAUCUUGGCAAGCCUACAAUGAUGGGGUGAAGAUGGGCUGUUGGGGCCUGGUCAUCUAUGCUACUACUGGUGCUAUUUGCUCAGCCCUGCUACAGAAGUACCUGGACAGCUACGACCUGAGCAUCAGGGUGAUCUAUGUGCUGGGGACGCUGGGCUUCUCCGUCGGCACCGCGGUAAUGGCCAUGUUCGCCAACGUCUACGUCGCCAUGAUCAUGAUCAGCACCAUGGGCAUCGUCUCCAUGAGCAUCUCCUACUGCCCCUACGCCCUCCUGGGCCAGUACCACGAGCUCAAGCAGUACGUCCACCACAGCCCCGGGAACUCCAGGCGAGGUUUUGGCAUCGACUGUGCCAUCCUCUCCUGCCAGGUCUACAUCUCCCAGAUCCUGGUAGCGUCAGCGCUCGGAAGCGUGGUGGACGCCGUCGGCACUGUCCGCGUCAUCCCCAUGGUGGCCUCCGUGGGCUCUUUCCUGGGCUUCCUGACAGCCACAUUCCUGGUGAUCUACCCCGAUGUGUCAGAGGAGGCCAGGGAGGAGCAAAAAGGCCUGUCGGCCCAGCCAGCCAUCGACGGCACCAAGAAGCCCAUGGUCCUGAAGCUCUCAAGGAAAGACGGCCCCCAGGGACUGGUGGAGACAGAGUCCGUGGUCUGAGCAGCACCCCAUUCACACACAUUCCACGUGGGCAGGCGAGAGGGGGUGAGACGGAGCAGGGUGGACACAGCCCACGGGGAGCGCACUCGCACACCUAGGGAAGCCCGGAGUUGUAGAGUAGGUUUCAGCCGCUAGGCAAAAGUCCCACACUAAGAUUUCUUUUUCCACAAUUAAAAAAAAAAAAAAAUCAUUUGAAAUAUUUUUUAAAUUGAAAAAGACCUUUUAAUUUCAGUUCUUAUGUUUUAUUCUGCAGGUUUAUUAUUCUGCAUGUUUUUAAAUAGUGAACCAGGUUUACAACAUAGGCAGUACACAGUGUAGGAAAAAGAUUUUGCAUUUCUCAGAUGACAGCUGAAAACAAAGAAAACCUGACCCCGUUUGCUGUGUCUUAUCUGCAUAUUCCCGAUAACAGUCGAGUGGUCAGUGAUUAAAAGGUUUCUAUCAAACUUCUCUCUCCGGACACCUCCAGGUGUUUAGACAUUCGGUCAGCUCUCGCCACGUUUUGUUGGUGCAGCACCUUUUAGGAAGUAUUUCUCUCUGAUUAUCUAGGAAAAUGCUUUUCUCAAAGCUGUAGUUUUCUCAGAACAGCAUCUCUUUUUUUCUCCGACAGUCUGGCGAUUCGUGCGCGGGGCUGCCCUUUCCCAGGCGAAGGCAGGGGCGUUGGCCACACACCAAAGCUGGGGGGCGGCAGGGCCCCAGAGGAUCUCGUGGGUGGAAGGCAGCUGCUCUCGCAGGCAGAGGCAGCACCCACGGCCAGCGUGUUGGGAAAGGGCAGUGGCCAGGAGGCGACCUUUUCAUCGAGCAGCUUUGCCCCUGCGUGCCUGCAGGUGUGUGUGCACAUGUGUGAGCGUAUGCAUGUCUGUCAUCGUGUGCAUGUCUGUCCCACUACCCUGCCCAUGGUCAUCUCCAUAUGACACACUCUCCAAGGAGGCCAGCCAGGUACUGCCUCCCGCCUGUUUCUGGGAGUGGGGACAGCCCUGUCCUGGGGAAGGAAGGUGUUGACUCUAAUUGCACUUUCAUCCAUCUUUCACCGUUUGAGGGGAAAUGACGAGAGCAGAGCUCUGGCACAGCACUCCCUCCAACGUCACGCCACAAAGGCCUACCUCGGGGUGGGGGCGGCGGCUGGGUGCAGGGGGCUUGGGCUUGGCACCAGGGGGCAGGUGAGUGCAGAGCGCCUCUCCCUGGCAGUCGGGGCGCACUGGAGCCCUUCUGGACUCGCCCCACGUCUGCGGCUGCCCACCCGCUCACCACUGCUGGGAUCAGGGCCGCCGUGAGCCCCUUGGGGGCACACCUCACCUGGUGGCCCCUCACCUGGCGGCCCUGGCGCAAUAUUUCUGGUCUCUACAUGGAGCAGAUCAGACCUCCACAGAAGCACUGUCAUUUUCUGCUGCCGCUGCGUGGAACUGUCGUCAAACCACAGCCUCC